GUAGUGGGAAAAAUCCCCCUCCAACUUAGUACCUUCGCUAGAGCGACGAAAGGCGCGCGUCUCUACAUACGUUCCGAAUACGUUCAAAAAAUCGAUCGAAAAACAUUCCGUUCCAAACUCACCCCCGAAAUUCAAAGUGUACCCCUCAAAAAUUUUGAUAUCCCGCGCUGGUGUGUUGUGUAUGUGCCAUUAAGAUAAGUGUUUGUAAACGUGUAGGUACGUUUUCUAAAUAAUGUACACAUAACUACAUAUGUCAUUGAAGGUAACGCGUAGCGACUAGCGGGCUGUAACAAGCGAAAAUGUGACUGUUAAGUCGGAUCAUACGUGUUGUUGAUAAAAAAAGAAAAUGGCUCAUAUUGACCGAAAAUAGUUGGUUAUGUUUAAAAUGCGGGUUCUAAGGAUCACGGUGGUAUGUGUGUGUGUUUUCCUAUUGGUGCAUGGUGAUGAUGGAUCUUCCGAGGUGGUGACUGAAGCGGUUGGCGCUAAGGCUGAGGAGCAGGGUGAAAGGAAGGAUGGGAAAGGACUUUUACCAGGCUCCUCCUCUUCCACCUCCAGGCGAACAACGACGCAAAGCAGCGCGAAUACGACGCGCGACUCGCAGUUGCUGUCGCUACUAGCCGCGCGGCGGAGGCAGCUGCUGACGGGCCGCCUCACCACACACAUCAACACCAUCGCCAAUCUAGCGCACAAGCCACACAAGGGGAACACUACAUUUGCCCAGUUGGAAAUCAGAGAUUCGAACAGCUCCAUAGUAAGGAGGAUAACAUUCGACAACUCGAGCAACGAAGCUAUUGCGCCCACGCUGAAACUCGUAUCCCGGGAGGGAAACAGAGAAAUAAAACAGGAUGUCAAGCCACACGAAAUAAGACACCUGUUCAUACCCAGGGUAUUGUACCAAGAAAACAAAAGUAGAGCAGGAUUUUUAAAUAAUAGGAGAAAAGAACUAGGAAAUAAGACUCUCGUAGCAGAAACCACGACUGAAAGCGCUAUAAUAUACGUCCCACCUGAAAAGUUAGAAGGCCUCGAUAAAGAAGUCGAUUUAGAUCCAGAGGAAGAGUUUCAAGUCGAUGAAUCCAAUCAUGGACUUUAUUUAUUAAAUUAUUCAGAUACAGAUAACAUAACACAAGUUUCACCUGACUUAAAUAAAACUACAUCAAGUAACGAAAUCAAAGAAAAUGUUACAUAUCAAUCAGAAACCACAACAGUUAUUACACCUGAGGAGAAAGAAAAGACGACUAUCUUGCCCGAAAAAGAAGAAAAACCAGAAGUUAACUCAAUAGCAAAUAGUACAGAUAUACAAAACACAAAAUUAGAAAAAAUAGAUAAAGAUAAAACAGAUAAUCAAACAUUGUUUAUGUCUGAAGAGAUUUACAAUCACUUUCGGCCGCUUGAAACGGAAUUGCCUGACGAAGAAAUGGCUCCAUUCAUAUAUUUUGGUCAAAAGCUUGCCGGACAGGCCAUUACAGAUAAUUUGACAAAUUCUCCAUCUCUUUCAGCGUCUACAAAGUCUGUCAAUUUCAUAGCAGCGCCAGCAGAUAAAAGAAAGUUUAACUCGAGAUACUCCGCCACCGAAAAAUAUAAAAAUACUAGCGCGGGUGAGGAAGAAAUCAAUGAAGAUAUGGAUGUCUCCGUUGUGAAAAAUACCAUAGAAAAAAAUAAAAUAAGAAACACGGUAAAGGGGCCUGCACCAGCACGACAUGUAGGACUAGUAAAUGCUUAUAGAAAAUAUUCAAGUACAACACAAUCAACACCAAAACCACAGUCAGCUGUACAAAUGAAUGCCACUGAAUCGAUAAUACAAAAUGUUACUCCGAGUUCAAUUGAUAAAAGUAAAGAUAGUAGUGGACUUAAUAAAACUUCGGUAAAUAAAGAUCCUUUACCAAACUCCAAUGGAACCAUUACUAAAGAUACUUCUUCGAAUAAAACUACUUCUGUACCCCCACCAAGAAAUUUUACACGAACCUAUUUUAAUUUACGUCGCCGACCUUCUAGACCAACAACAUUGUCUAGUACAGAAAAUAGUUUAUUAGAAAUAGUAAAUACUACAACAGAAAAAACUGCAACUUCAGUUUACACCGCUGUUGUUACUUCUGUAUCAAUAACUUCUUCAGUAAAAGGUCCAAAUAAAACUGAUGAGUUAAUUAAAGAAUCCGAAAAUGCAACAACAUCUGAACCUAUAGAACUAUCAACAAAUACUACAAUACCGAAAACUAUAAUAAUAAAUGAAACAGAAACAACAACAAGUGCGCCAUUAUCAACUGUAAGGCCCUACAGACAUAGAAUUCGUAUAAGAACUACUACAACGGAAGGUCCUUUCAAAGUCAAUCCAAACACGAAAUCUAUAACAAUUCAGAAACCAACGGAAUCUCCUAUAACCAGUGAAAAAUUUGUUGGAGAUAAACAAGAGACAACAACCUCAAAAAUAUCUGAGAGAUUAGCAAGCUUAUUCAAACAAAACGAUUAUGUAAAUACGACCAAUGGUUUAACGAUACGACCAAAAAAUAUUUUAAGAAGACGAAGACCAACAACUACUACAACCACUACAACAACUACCACCACUACUCCUGCACCUUUAACUAUAUUUACUAAUGAAACUGAAUCUUUUACUACACCUUUAGUUAUUCCAACUACAAUUCCGACUACUCAGGCAGUAGAAACGACAGAAAAUAUAUUUAAACCUUUUAUAGUUGUAUCUCGAACUUCAUCAGAGUCUAGUUCUAAGCCACUAGUAUUAAGUGUCAACUCUACUAAAGAUGCUAAUAAAACAGACGCUAAUAACAAUACUGAAGUUAGUGAAGGUAGCAAUGAUUCUCAAAAUGAAGAAGUUGUGAUAGAAGCUGAGAAAACGUAUACAGCAUCGUAUGUAUUAGCAGGACUUGGAUUUUUACCUGUCAUAGCGGUUGUAGUAUUUGUUCUUAGAAACAUCAUGAAUAAGAAGACCAAAGAUAUUGAGACGGAAUAUGAGGGCUAUUUCGACGAAGGAGGAGAAAUCAAAAAGGAAUCACCCAUAACGCCAGUUGCUCGCCCUCCUUUGCCUACUCCUACUAAGCCGGACCAAAAAUGGGAGUUUCCUCGAAAUAAGCUUAGGCUGCAAACUUUGUUGGGACAAGGAAAUUUUGGACAGGUAUGGAAAGCUGAAGCCGAUGACUUGAACGGCCACGAUGGACUGACGCGUCUCGUGGCAGUCAAGACGAUCAAAGAGUCCGCUUCGCAGAAGGAGAAACAGGAGCUUCUGCACGAAAUAUACAUCAUGCAGAAGAUCGGCACUCAUCCCAAUGUGGUCACCAUCCUUGCUUGUUGUACUGAACAAGAACCGUAUCUGCUCAUAAUGGAGUACGUGAUGUGUGGCAAGCUGCUGACGUAUCUGCGCGAGCGCCGCUCUCGGCCCGACCGCUUCAGUGGUAGCGGCGCGCUCACGUCGCGGGACCUCACCGUCUUCGCCUACUGCGUCGCGAGAGGCAUGGACUAUAUCGCUUCUAAAGGAAUUGUCCAUCGUGAUCUAGCCGCCCGCAACGUACUCGUAGACCACAACAAGCUAUGCAAGAUCGCGGACUUUGGCAUGUCACGCUGCGCGGGCGCAGGCGCGCGCGGCGGGCGAGGCGCGCUGCCGGUGCGGUGGAUGGCGCCCGAGGCACUGCUGUACAACGUGUACAGCCACCACACCGACGUGUGGGCCUUCGGGAUACUGCUGUGGGAGAUCGUGACGCUCGGAUCAACGCCAUACGCAGCGAUGUCCGGUCGAGAGGUCCUAGCGGCGGUCACGGAGGGCUACCGGUUGGAGCGACCCCCUCACUGCAAGCCGCAGCUCUACCGCGCCAUGCACUCGUGCUGGCACGCCGACCCCUCACAGCGGCCAGCGUUCGCGACGCUUAAGGCCCAGCUGGCUGAGCUCCUAGAUAAUGAACCUUCCGAGGGCAAUUAUGUGGAUUUGGACUCGUUUUACCAAGAGUCCUCGGUCUAUAGUGACCCUUCGGCGAUUAUUCAUGAUGAUGAUGGCUUGUCGGCGGAGUAUGAUCGGGAGAGGCGAUGUUUUAGAGAAUUACAAACAGGCGCACCAAAAUUCGACAACCGGCCUUUCAGUUUGCGGGACGAGGAGCUCAGAAACAAAUUCGGGAUCGGGACGCCGCGGAUGGGCGGCUUCGGCAUCCGGGACGUCCCGUUCAACGAGCGAAACUUCUCCGACGGAGAGUUCAACGAACGAAACUUCCCAGACAAGAACUUCCCGGACAGAAGUUUCCCGGACAAGAACUUUAACGACACGAACUUUACCGAACGGAAAGACGGUAAACUUUCAACGUCCAGCUUCCAUCGAGAGAGGGAAAGAGAGAAUCCCCUUGUUAGCAGGAACAGCUUCAAUGGCUUCCCCAGGAUAGGGACGAGAGAAAACCAUUUCCAAAUGACACCUGAUGGAAGGAAUAAGAGGGUGCCGGAAUUCGAGUGUGAUAUUUGAGUCAUGCGUUGGUUUUAUUAUCUUCACAUACAGUGAUAUUUAUGGAAAUAAUGCGAUAAGCGACAAGAAGCAAAAAAUUCACGAGAUUGCAAUACUUAUAAACUUCCAGGCUAAAAAGGCUAGAACCCAGAGCUGUAAAGCCAGUUGUAAAGAAAAAUUGAGCUCCAUCGAAUGAUGGUAAAUAGGAAUGGCAGAAUUAAAUUUAGACGUGACAGUUAUGUAGCUUUAAUUAGGAAUUGAUUUUAUUUUUCCCGCGUUUUUCCUUACAAAAUCUUGGGUUUGAAAAUGUUCUUAAUUGUCGUUACAGUUUAUAUAAAUACUUUUAUAAUUUAGGACUUCCAUAUUCAAGGUUUAUAGAAAUCGUCACCUAUAUGUUAUUGGGUAUAAAUGCCAAAUUAUUUAAAAUUCAAUUAAUUGGAUUAUUCAAAAGCGAUGUUUUAUUUCUAAUCAAACGAAAUUAUUCAAUGAUUCAAUUUCAAUACGUAAGAAUUUUGCCGUUGCCGAUUUAAUAAUAAUUUAAAUUUAUAGAUUCUUGGGUGUGAUGCUAAAUUAUCUAAAAUUCAAUUAAUUGGAUUAUACAAGAGCGAUGUUUGAUUCCCAAUCGCGCGGAAUUAUUGCAAAAAAUUUUAGUUCGUUGAAAUUCUGUUGUUAUUAAACUACCGUAAAUAAAAUCUGGUUAUCAGUAUUGAAUCACCAUGACCACCUUACAGAUUUUUAUAUUAGUGAGAAUGCUACGAGUAAAUAAAAUAAAAUGCAAUAUAUUGGAUUUAUAAAUCAAUUGCGCGAGCUUAUGACAAAUAAUAUGCUUUAAGUUUAAAUUUCAAUUGGUUGAAAUUCUGUAAACUUAGGUCUGUGUAUUUUGUAAAUAAACUUUAAUUUAUAACAGUAUUCGUUGCAGUGAAUGACUCUAUGUGUCUAACAAUUAUCAUAUAAAUGGUAGUUAGGUACAUUGUAAAUAAUAGUUGCGUAUGGCUAGGUUAAGUUUUGUAAAGUAGAUUAUAAAAGCACGUCAUUUUGACACAAGUUUGAAUAAAGAAUGUUAUGCGUUCGACACAGAGUAUGAAAGAGUUUGUUUAUAAAUACCUAUAUAGUCUAUGAUUUUAUCAAUUUUAUUUUUUCUUUAAUCUGUACCUAAAAAAAAAGUUUAGUUUUGUUUUUUUGUGAGAAUGUGUUUUA